AUGGGUAAAACUUUAGAGAUUCAAGAACACCUUCCUGCACUUCAUUCUUUACAUACCUAUCAAUACGAAGGCGAUCAAUAUUAUUCUGCCGAUGAAAUUGUUGGAUCGUUCUUUAAAAAGGAGAAAAAUCAAAAAAUCUGCAAUAUUAUCGAAAGAAGCUAUGGCAAACACAUCACGAUCAAUAAUUGCCAACAGCAAGAGCUUGGGUUUCCAAAGGUAAAAAAGUCCGCAAUUUUGUUAAGCUUGGCAGCCGUUAUUGGAACUCUGUUAAAGUUGUCGAAGAAAGAUCAUCAUGAUUUAUUAAUUCAACACCUGUUCCAAACGCAUCCCAAUCACAACAGUGAUCACUAUGAUACACGUAUGGAUGACGAUGAAUUAUUUGAUAAUUCAAUGGAAGAAAUUUUCAACCAGCCUCAAGUCGAGGACCAAGAUGAAGCUUUCAAUCAAUUGGUUGCUGAUGCUGCAUCCUAUUUUGUUGACGAGAACUCUAAUGAAAAUGAUGAUGAUAUUCAUGAAAAUAAUAUUAUAGUAGAAGCUUCUGAUAUAAUUAAUGAUGCAAGUCAGCAACAUGAACUUAAUAUAACCUCUCAAGAUUACUCUCAAACAGUAGAUAGUAUGGAAAAAGCAAACACUGAUCCUAACCUUUCUCAACAGUGGAACGAUCAAUGGAACGCUUCUCAAAAUUGUAUACAAUAUUCUGGGCUUAACCUCAACAGCAAUCACAGCCUCAACAAUUCCCAACACAACCAAUUUACUCAACAAUAUAAUAUUGAACAAUGGGAAAAUUGUUAUACAACUGAUACCGCUUUACAAUCCAAUACAUGUGACUCAUUCAACCGUUCUCAAGCACAAUCUGAUAAUGAUCAACAAGUAGAAUUGAAAUAUUGGGAAUGUGCUUGUUGUAAACAUCAAAAAGUCCAAGCAUGUCCUCACAAAUACCCUGAUAUUCAAUCAAAUCAAGACAAUUACAACCGUGGAGCGAAAGAUCGAGCAAAAGAAAUAGUGUCUAUAUUUGAGAAAAUGUUAGGUACUUUAGGACAUGAUGUACAUGCAUGGCUUGAAUGUUAUCUUCAAACUGAUGAAGGUAUUAAAACAGUAAUCCAAGAAUUAGAGCAAAAUAUUAGAUACAGCCAUCGUUAUCAAAAACUGAAAGAAUAUCUAAUUGAAAAGAAAGAUGUAACUAUUGUGCAAUAUUGGCAAGAUAAUAACUUGAUUUCUGAUGUUACAUAUCAUAACUUACGAAAAGAAGUCAAUUUAAUGACAUUACUCCCGACAAGGAAAGAGAUGACAACAUCGAAACAAUCACUAAAUGAACAAGUUGAGAAAACUUUCAAAUUACGAUGUCCAAGUUCAAACUACAUUGGAUAUAUUAUAGACUUAGAUCAAGCCAUAUUUUAUAUUCUGAAGCUAUGUAUGUCAUUAGGGAAAAAAUUACCCAAGAAAAUAUUUUUUAAAAUUGGGGUAGAUGAUAGAGAAAUUAAUGGAGUUAAACAAGUUGCAAUUGCAUUGGUUCCACUCAAUUUAAGAGAUGUGUUUCCAUCGCAGGCUGUUUAUUCUGUGUUUUAUAUUGGGUUAUUUCAGAUGAAGGAAACAAAAAAAAGUAUCAAAGAAACAAUUGGAACGCUUCACGAUGAGAUUGAGCGUGUUUUGCAAAAACAAUAUUUUGGGAAGCAUCAAGUUUGCCUUUUUUAUGUUUCAGACAUGCAUAAUGUAGGCAUAACGUUCUCAUUUGAUUUAUGUCCCUAUUGUAUGGCUCAAACUAUUGUAGAUUUUGCAUCAACUCCACGCGACUCUCUUGAUGGCCAGUUACCUUUUUCUCCUUCACAAACAAUACUAUGUGCUUUUCAUAUCAAACAGAGGCUAGUAGAAAAUGUUAUUGGUUAUAUGGCAUCAACAACUUACAAAUAUGAGAUUCAGAAAAAUAUACAAACAUUACAUGGAUUGGAAACAUUUAAUUGGAAAGAGUUCCACGAACGAGUAUCGAAUUAUGGAAUUUCUCAAACCUCAGCACGAUCAUCAACCAAGUCAUGUAUGCUGUCGGGAGAUCAUUAUAACACUAUUUUACAAAAUAUUGAGAAAGUUAUUGAUAAUAUUGAACCAAGCACCAAACAAAAAUAUUUACAAAUUCUGAAAUUGUUGCGAAAUAUUAUCAUUAUUAUUGAAAUGCAUCAAGAUAACGAAAAUAAUGACAAUGUAUUGACAGCAAAUAAGAUUGCGGAAUUGGAUAAACUGAUAAUGCAAUUCUUAGUUGCGUGUUUUUCAAUAUGGACUCAAGGAAUUAAAGCUCAUUAUUUCCAUUUUAUAAUUCAUGUACCCUCAAUAAUGAGCUCUCUUUUCAAAGAAAAAUUAUCACUCUCGAUUUUGAGUAACCAGGGAUUCGAACGGUCUCAUUUAUUUCACCAUGCAGUGUUUAAUCGAAUUAUUAACAAUGAAAGAGGUCGUAUUCAAAUACACCCAACCAAACAAUUGCUAUUGUGGCAAUGGCGAAAGGUAUUAGUCGCAAUUGACUUGAAGGAAAAAAUAGGAGAAACAUAUUGGCAUGAAAAACGUUUAAAAAAGCUUUAUUCUUGGAAUGCAAAUCAUGUCAAACCAUAA